CGUCCUGGCUUCAAGGGAGAGAGCGGAGCUGCAAAAGGCAGGCUGCCACAACCGCUGCCUUCCCUUCCCGGUCCGGCGCAUCAGCAGCACCUCACUUCACCACAGCUUCCUUCCCACCACAUUUGGACCGCUGUGGCCUGAGGCGAGAGCGGCCGGGCUCCACUGAGAUAGCGCCGAACCCCGGCCGAGCAGGGGAGCAGAGAGCACGGCAGCCACCUGGCCCUGCCAGGGUCCACAGGCCAGCCUGCCCCCACCUUCAGGGGAAACGGGUCCCGCGGACUCCCUUCCCCAGGAGCCCCGCACCAACCAACUCAGCCGCCCUCCAGCCGCCCAGCCCCCACAAGAUGGCGGCUGCGGCCGGGGUGCGGCGGGCGGCUCCUCCCGCCAUGCCCCGCGGGGCCGCCGCGCUGCCUGGAGACCGCCGCCGGGGCGGGGCGGGACGGGGCGGGACGGGAGGAUGCUGCGGUGCCGCGGGGCGAGGCGGCGGCAACGCGGUACGGAGGAUGCGGCGGCGGUGGCGGCAGCAGCAGGCGGAGGAGUGCGGAGCGAUGCGGUACUGCGCGUCGGGGCCCUGGCCGCACAGUGGGGGUGCCCUCACCACCCUCCUGCUGACAGCCUUUUUGUUAAGCUCUGCUGAUGGCAAUAAUGGAACAGUUAACUGGACGACUAAGCAAGCCCACAGUUAUAUUAUCAGCAGAAUAAAGGCUGUUGAGAAGAAUGUGUACACGAUUCUGUCUAAGGUGCACUCUGAUCGGAAUGUAUACCCUUCUGCUGGAGUUCUUUUUGUUCAUGUUUUGGAGAGAGAGUACUUUAAGGGGGAAUUUCCUCCUUACCCAAAACCUGGUGAAAUAAGUAAUGAUCCUAUAACAUUUAAUACCAACCUGAUGGGUUACCCUGACAGACCCGGAUGGCUGCGCUAUAUACAAAGGACACCAUACAGUGAUGGAGUGCUGUAUGGCUCGCCAACUGUAGAGAAUGUGGGCAAACCAACCAUCAUUGAGAUCACUGCAUAUAACAGGCGGACCUUUGAGACAGCAAGACAUAACUUGAUCAUUAAUAUAAUGUCAGCAGAAGAUUUUCCUUUACCGUAUCAAGCGGAGUUCUUCAUAAGGAAUAUGAACGUAGAAGAAAUGUUAGCAAGUGAAGUUCUUGGUGACUUUCUCGGAGCAGUGAAAAAUGUGUGGCAGCCAGAACGCUUGAAUGCUAUAAACAUUACUUCAGCCCUUGACAGGGGAGGGAGAGUUCCACUUCCUAUUAAUGACAUGAAAGAGGGUGUGUAUGUUAUGGUUGGGGCAGAUGUUCCAUUCUCUUCAUGCUUACGAGAAGUAGAAAACCCACAAAAUCAGCUGAGAUGCAGUCAAGAAAUGGAGCCUGUAAUAACCUGUGAUAAAAAAUUUCGUACUCAGUUCCAUAUUGACUGGUGCAAAAUCUCUCUGGUUGACAAUACAAAACAAGUUUCCACCUUUCAGGAAGUGAUCCGUGGAGAGGGGAUAUUACCUGAUGGUGGAGAAUACAAGCCACCUUCUGAUACACUGAAAAGCAGAGACUAUUACUCGGAUUUCCUAAUUACACUGGCAGUGCCCUCGGCAAUAGCACUGGUGCUUUUUCUAAUACUUGCCUACAUCAUGUGCUGCCGACGGGAAGGAGUGGAAAAGAGAAACAUGCAAACACCAGACAUCCAGUUGGUCCACCACAGUGCUAUACAGAAAUCAACCAAAGAGCUUCGUGACAUGUCUAAAAAUAGAGAGAUAGCAUGGCCUCUUUCAACACUUCCUGUGUUUCACCCAGUUACUGGUGAGAUUGUUCCGCCCCUUCACACAGACAGCUACGACAAUACCAGUAUGCCGCUGAUGCAAACACAGCAGAACCUGCCACAUCAGACUCGGAUUCCACAGCAGCAGAGUGCAGGAGAAUUUCGUAUGACAACAUUUCAGAGAUUUGAGGCAAGUAUAUAAUAGAUGCUUCCGCCCAUUUGUUUUUUUUUUUGUUGUUAUCUGGAAAUAAAAACACAUUUCUAAAAAGCCCCCUGACUGCAGUUCUGAUAGCUUUGCUAUUUGUGUGCUUUAUUAUACAUGUAUUGGAAAUGGCAGAUGACCCUGGCAGGAUCCAUCCAGAGCUCCAGCACUGGUUUGGGUCGACAUUUAACAUUGCUCUUAACACUCACUACUGCAGGCAUUUAGAAGGCAGAAUAAAAAUGUCACACAGUUCAGCUCUUCUGUUACGACUGUUUUGUUACAAGAAUUCCAGUUUGUCUUGCAGUAAAAAAGGUGCAAAAUCACCUGUAGUAUGGUAUGUUGACAGUGUGUGAGAAAUUUUUAAAAAGGUAUGAAAUAUAAGCGAGCAUGGGUUUGUCACUUGCAGGUCGCAAUGAAGAACUGCUGUAAAAGUACAUCUUAAAUCCUCCUGUGUCUGUAUUUUCUGUAGUACCUUAUUUUGGUAGAACGCACCUGUUCUUUCAUGUUCAUUACAGACACUGCCUGCGACAAGCUCUCAGAAAUUGGGGGGGGGGGGGGGGGGAGUGUAUUUGGGACAGACAGCGUUUCCUCCUCUUUUUCUUAGUUUACGACGACACCUUCCUUCAUGACUCAGAUGGCAGGUGACACUGCAGCCACUUCCAUGAGAUGAUGGCAUGUGCCUCUUGCAGUUUAUCUUCUAAGGGAUAUCUAUGACUCAUGUUGUCAGAAGGUUAGGUUUUUAGAGUGGUACAAUUUAAAAGAAAACUCAGGUGCUCCCAAGACUUUUAGUAGCAUCAAUACAAACUUAGCAAUCAAUGUUAUUGAUCUGUUCCAGUAAGAAAUUUACAGAACUAAAAUACUUAAGGCCAAAAAAACUACAGAACUAGACAUUCAUUUUUUCAUUUUCUUCCUUUCCUACAGAGCAUUCCCAAUAAUUUACUCAGGAUUAUUAACAUACUAUCAGUCACCAACAUGAAUAAGACGAUAUUUCUAUUUUAAAGCUUCAGCAGACCGUACUUAGUAAUUUGAAGAGCAGACUGUGGCUAGUAACCACUGUCCUCUUCAGGAACUAUCUGAAUCCCCAGUAGGAAACCAUUAUUUUUAACCUUAUAUAAAAAUGCAGACCUAAUAGUUGACAUAAUGCUCGACCAGUUCAUAAAGUUAAAACAUAAUUGGGAAAGAGCUGUAUGAAAGAUGACAACUCGCAUCUAACGUUAUGUUACACUGCUGAAAACUGCUACUGGUCUCCAGUGUGAAAAGUUACAAGUUUUAUAAUUGUCUGUUGAUUGACAAAGUUCACGAGGACUAGUCUAAGGUGCUUAGAUGAAAAAGUUUAUAGGAUAUUCCUAGAAUGCAAAAGACUAAAUAGUGCAUGGACACAAUAUGCUGCAUUUUCUGUUUUGAGCUUCACAGUCUCCCUACGAGGUCUGUUAGAUCCCAAAUAGAGAGGUAAAUUCCCAGUUAAACAAUCUUUUCCCAGGUCUCUCCUUCCCCAGAAGAAAGCAAGCAAAGCUUUUUCACAUGUGUCAUCUUUUGGUCCAGGUUGUACUUGUGGUGGUUGAUAAAGGACUAAUAAAUACUAUUAGUGUGCUGUGCCCCCAGUUGACAGUUCAGUGUUGUUGAAGCAUCAUCUGCCACUGCUGGAUUGUAUAAAUUUUCAUCUAU